CUUUCAUUAGAUGUCUGUCUAUGCCUGAGACUCCUGUGCUGGCGUCUCCUCAGAAUCCAUGUGUGCCAUCACCGUGUGGGCCCAAUGCUGUAUGCGACGUGUCUGGAGAAAAUCCUUCGUGCUCUUGUCUUCCUGAUUUCAUGGGCUCUCCUCCCCAAUGCCGCCCAGAAUGUGUGAGCAAUAGUGAAUGUGCGAGUCAUUUGGCAUGUGUUGAUCGCAGGUGUAAAGACCCAUGCCCAGGGUUGUGUGGAGUCAAUUCUGAAUGCCGAGUGGUGAGCCACACACCUACAUGCGUGUGUGUGACAGGCUUCUCUGGAGAUCCCUUUACACAGUGUUUGGCUGUUCUAUUGCCAGCAUUACCUCAGGAGAGACCAACUCCUUGUGUGCCAUCACCAUGUGGAUCAAAUGCAGUCUGCAGAGAACAAAAUGGAGCAGGCUCUUGUACCUGUCUCCCUGAUUAUGUGGGAAAUCCAUAUGAAGGUUGUCGUCCAGAAUGUGUGUUAAAUUCAGACUGUUCUUCUAAUCGUGCGUGUAUACGAAACAAGUGUCAGGAUCCUUGUCCAGGAACGUGUGGCCAGAAUGCAGACUGCCAAGUUGUGAAUCACUUACCAUCUUGCACAUGUCGCCCAGGCUUCACUGGAGAUCCAUUCAGAUUCUGCAACAACCUACCUACUCAAUCUGUGGAAGCAGAACUUGGAGAUCCUUGCAGUCCAUCUCCAUGUGGACCAAACAGUCAGUGCAAAACAGUAAAUGGACAGGGCGUAUGUUCAUGCCUGCCGACCUAUAUUGGCAUCCCACCAGGUUGUAGGCCAGAGUGUGUUGUGAGCUCGGAAUGUCCCCAGAACAGAGCGUGUGUGAAUCAGAAAUGCGUGGACCCAUGUCCAGGAACAUGUGGACUGAAUGCACGUUGUGAAGUGAUCAACCACAGUCCAAUCUGUAGUUGUCAGGCUGGGUUUACAGGGGACCCUUUCACAAGAUGUUUCUCCAUACCACCUGUUGCUCAGACUCCACCUUCACAGCCUGUAAACCCAUGUGUGCCAUCUCCAUGUGGACCAAACUCUCAAUGUAGAGACAUAGGAGGUGCUCCUUCUUGCUCUUGCUUGGCCAACUACAUGGGUGUUCCACCAAAUUGCCGGCCUGAAUGCAGUAUUAACCCUGAAUGCCAGAGCAAUAGGGCAUGCAUACGUGAAAGAUGUCAGGAUCCAUGCCCUGGAUCAUGUGGUGCUGGUGCACAAUGUGUUGUAAUAAAUCACACUCCUAUUUGUACUUGCCCUGAGGGCUUCACUGGAGAUCCAUUCAGCAACUGCUUCCCCAGCCCACCUCCACCACAGCCACCUCCUCCAUCAGACCCCUGCAAUCCAUCACCUUGUGGACCCAACGCUCAGUGCAACAAUGGAACCUGUACUUGCUUGCCAGAAUACCAGGGAGACCCCUAUGCUGGGUGUAGGCCUGAAUGUGUCCUCAGUACCGACUGUCCACGGAACAGAGCUUGUAUCAGAAACAAAUGUGCCGAUCCUUGUCCUGGCACUUGUGGUCAAGGAGCCACAUGUGAUGUAGUGAAUCACAUCCCAAUAUGCAGCUGCCCUCAGGGAAUGUCUGGAAAUCCCUUUGUUGAAUGCAGACCCAUUCCACCACCUGUGGUUACUCAGCCAUGUAAUCCAACGCCUUGUGGACCAAACAGCCAGUGUCGUGAAAUUAAUGGCCAAGCUGUGUGCUCGUGUGUUCCUGGCUUCAUAGGCAGUCCUCCAGCAUGUAGACCAGAGUGUGUAGUGAGCUCUGAAUGUAGUCAGAAUGAGGCCUGUAGCAACCAGAAAUGUAGGAAUCCUUGUCCAGGCACCUGCGGUGUAGGAGCUCGCUGUGAAGUCGUGAACCAUAAUCCAAUCUGCAGCUGUCCACCUAGAUUCACAGGGGAUCCAUUUAUCAGAUGCCAGCCUAUACCGGAACAACCGCCACAGGCAGCACCACAGAAUCCAUGUCAGCCCCCACCAUGUGGACCAAAUGCCGUAUGCCAAGUAUCUGGAGAUAGCCCCUCAUGUUCUUGCCUUCCUGACUUCACUGGUACUCCUCCCAACUGUCGUCCAGAAUGUGUCAGUAAUAGUGAAUGUGCUAGUCACCUGGCAUGCAUCAAUCUCAAAUGUCGUGAUCCAUGCCCCGGAUCAUGUGGAGCCAAUGCACAGUGUCGUGUAGUUAGCCACACUCCAAACUGCAUCUGUCCAAAUGGUUUCACUGGAGACCCCUUCAUACAGUGCGUAGUGCAGCAAACUCCUGUGGUACAAGAAAGACCAACUCCUUGUAUACCAUCCCCAUGUGGAACGAAUGCAGUCUGUAGAGAACAGAAUGGAGCUGGCUCAUGUACUUGUCUCCCAGAUUAUGUGGGGAAUCCAUAUCAGGGCUGUCGUCCAGAAUGUGUCCUCAACACAGACUGCCCUUCAAACCGUGCCUGUAUAAGAAACAAGUGUCAGGAUCCUUGUCCAGGAACUUGUGGCCAGAAUGCAGACUGCCAAGUUGUGAAUCACGUACCAUCUUGCACAUGUCGCCCAGGCUUCACUGGAGAUCCAUUCAAAUUCUGCAAUAACUUACCACCUCAACCUGUACAGCAACAACCAGGAGAUCCUUGUGUACCAUCUCCUUGCGGACCAAACAGUCAGUGUCGAAAUGUGAAUGGACAAGCAGUAUGCUCUUGCCUACCGAAUUACAUAGGCACUCCGCCGGGUUGUCGGCCAGAGUGUGUUGUGAGUUCAGAAUGUCCCCAGAACAGAGCGUGUGUGAAUCAGAAAUGCGUGGACCCCUGCCCAGGAACUUGUGGGCUGAAUGCACGUUGUGAAGUGAUCAACCACAGUCCAAUCUGUAGUUGUCAGGCUGGGUUUACUGGAGAUCCUUUCACAAGAUGUUUCUCCAUUCCACCUGUUGCUCAGACUCCACCUUCACAGCCUGUAAACCCAUGUGUGCCAUCUCCAUGUGGACCAAACUCUCAAUGUAGAGACAUAGGAGGUGCUCCUUCUUGCUCUUGCUUGGCCAACUACAUGGGUGUUCCACCAAAUUGCCGGCCUGAAUGCAGUAUUAACCCUGAAUGCCAGAGCAAUAGGGCAUGCAUACGUGAAAGAUGUCAGGAUCCAUGCCCUGGAUCAUGUGGUGCUGGUGCACAAUGUGUUGUAAUAAAUCACACUCCUAUUUGUACUUGCCCUGAGGGCUUCACUGGAGAUCCAUUCAGCAACUGCUUCCCCAGCCCACCUCCACCACAGCCACCUCCUCCAUCAGACCCCUGCAAUCCAUCACCUUGUGGACCCAAUGCUCAGUGCAACAAUGGAACCUGUACUUGCUUGCCAGAAUACCAGGGAGACCCCUAUGCUGGGUGUAGGCCUGAAUGUGUCCUCAGUACCGACUGUCCACGGAACAGAGCUUGUAUCAGAAACAAAUGUGCCGAUCCUUGUCCUGGCACUUGUGGUCAAGGAGCCACAUGUGAUGUAGUGAAUCACAUCCCAAUAUGCAGCUGCCCUCAGGGAAUGUCUGGAAAUCCCUUUGUUGAAUGCAGACCCAUUCCACCACCUGUGGUUACUCAGCCAUGUAAUCCAACGCCUUGUGGACCAAACAGCCAGUGUCGUGAAAUUAAUGGCCAAGCUGUGUGCUCGUGUGUUCCUGGCUUCAUAGGCAGUCCUCCAGCAUGUAGACCAGAGUGUGUAGUGAGCUCUGAAUGUAGUCAGAAUGAGGCCUGUAGCAACCAGAAAUGUAGGAAUCCUUGUCCAGGCACCUGCGGUGUAGGAGCUCGCUGUGAAGUCGUGAACCAUAAUCCAAUCUGCAGCUGUCCACCUAGAUUCACAGGGGAUCCAUUUAUCAGAUGCCAGCCUAUACCGGAACAACCGCCACAGGCAGCACCACAGAAUCCAUGUCAGCCCCCACCAUGUGGACCAAAUGCCGUAUGCCAAGUAUCUGGAGAUAGCCCCUCAUGUUCAUGCCUUCCUGACUUCACUGGUACUCCUCCCAACUGUCGUCCAGAAUGUGUCAGUAAUAGUGAAUGUGCUAGUCACCUGGCAUGCAUCAAUCUCAAAUGUCGUGAUCCAUGCCCCGGAUCAUGUGGAGCCAAUGCACAGUGUCGUGUAGUUAGCCACACUCCAAACUGCAUCUGUCCAAAUGGUUUCACUGGAGACCCCUUCAUACAGUGCGUAGUGCAGCAAACUCCUGUGGUACAAGAAAGACCAACUCCUUGUAUGCCAUCCCCAUGUGGAACGAAUGCAGUCUGUAGAGAACAGAAUGGAGCUGGCUCAUGUACUUGUCUCCCAGAUUAUGUGGGGAAUCCAUAUCAGGGCUGUCGUCCAGAAUGUGUCCUCAACACAGACUGCCCUUCAAACCGUGCCUGUAUAAGAAACAAGUGUCAGGAUCCUUGUCCAGGAACUUGUGGCCAGAAUGCAGACUGCCAAGUUGUGAAUCACGUACCAUCUUGCACAUGUCGCCCAGGCUUCACUGGAGAUCCAUUCAAAUUCUGCAAUAACUUACCACCUCAACCUGUACAGCAACAACCAGGAGAUCCUUGCGUACCAUCUCCUUGCGGACCAAACAGUCAGUGUCGAAAUGUGAAUGGACAAGCAGUAUGCUCAUGCCUACCCAAUUACAUAGGCACUCCACCGGGUUGUCGGCCAGAGUGUGUUGUGAGUUCAGAAUGUCCCCAGAACAGAGCGUGUGUGAAUCAGAAAUGCGUGGACCCCUGCCCAGGAACUUGUGGGCUGAAUGCACGUUGUGAAGUGAUCAACCACAGUCCAAUCUGUAGUUGUCAGGCUGGGUUUACUGGAGAUCCUUUCACAAGAUGUUUCUCCAUUCCACCUGUUGCUCAGACUCCACCUUCACAGCCUGUAAACCCAUGUGUGCCAUCUCCAUGUGGACCAAACUCUCAAUGUAGAGACAUAGGAGGUGCUCCUUCUUGCUCUUGCUUGGCCAACUACAUGGGUGUUCCACCAAAUUGCCGGCCUGAAUGCAGUAUUAACCCUGAAUGCCAGAGCAAUAGGGCAUGCAUACGUGAAAGAUGUCAGGAUCCAUGCCCUGGAUCAUGUGGUGCUGGUGCACAAUGUGUUGUAAUAAAUCACACUCCUAUUUGUACUUGCCCUGAGGGCUUCACUGGAGAUCCAUUCAGCAACUGCUUCCCCAGCCCACCUCCACCACAGCCACCUCCUCCAUCAGACCCCUGCAAUCCAUCACCUUGUGGACCCAAUGCUCAGUGCAACAAUGGAACCUGUACUUGCUUGCCAGAAUACCAGGGAGACCCCUAUGCUGGGUGUAGGCCUGAAUGUGUCCUCAGUACCGACUGUCCACGGAACAGAGCUUGUAUCAGAAACAAAUGUGCCGAUCCUUGUCCUGGCACUUGUGGUCAAGGAGCCACAUGUGAUGUAGUGAAUCACAUCCCAAUAUGCAGCUGCCCUCAGGGAAUGUCUGGAAAUCCCUUUGUUGAAUGCAGACCCAUUCCACCACCUGUGGUUACUCAGCCAUGUAAUCCAACGCCUUGUGGACCAAACAGCCAGUGUCGUGAAAUUAAUGGCCAAGCUGUGUGCUCGUGUGUUCCUGGCUUCAUAGGCAGUCCUCCAGCAUGUAGACCAGAGUGUGUAGUGAGCUCUGAAUGUAGUCAGAAUGAGGCCUGUAGCAACCAGAAAUGUAGGAAUCCUUGUCCAGGCACCUGCGGUGUAGGAGCUCGCUGUGAAGUCGUGAACCAUAAUCCAAUCUGCAGCUGUCCACCUAGAUUCACAGGGGAUCCAUUUAUCAGAUGCCAGCCUAUACCGGAACAACCGCCACAGGCAGCACCACAGAAUCCAUGUCAGCCCCCACCAUGUGGACCAAAUGCCGUAUGCCAAGUAUCUGGAGAUAGCCCCUCAUGUUCAUGCCUUCCUGACUUCACUGGUACUCCUCCCAACUGUCGUCCAGAAUGUGUCAGUAAUAGUGAAUGUGCUAGUCACCUGGCAUGCAUCAAUCUCAAAUGUCGUGAUCCAUGCCCCGGAUCAUGUGGAGCCAAUGCACAGUGUCGUGUAGUUAGCCACACUCCAAACUGCAUCUGUCCAAAUGGUUUCACUGGAGACCCCUUCAUACAGUGCGUAGUGCAGCAAACUCCUGUGGUACAAGAAAGACCAACUCCUUGUAUACCAUCCCCAUGUGGAACGAAUGCAGUCUGUAGAGAACAGAAUGGAGCUGGCUCAUGUACUUGUCUCCCAGAUUAUGUGGGGAAUCCAUAUCAGGGCUGUCGUCCAGAAUGUGUCCUCAACACAGACUGCCCUUCAAACCGUGCCUGUAUAAGAAACAAGUGUCAGGAUCCUUGUCCAGGAACUUGUGGCCAGAAUGCAGACUGCCAAGUUGUGAAUCACGUACCAUCUUGCACAUGUCGCCCAGGCUUCACUGGAGAUCCAUUCAAAUUCUGCAAUAACUUACCACCUCAACCUGUACAGCAACAACCAGGAGAUCCUUGUGUACCAUCUCCUUGCGGACCAAACAGUCAGUGUCGAAAUGUGAAUGGACAAGCAGUAUGCUCUUGCCUACCGAAUUACAUAGGCACUCCGCCGGGUUGUCGGCCAGAGUGUGUUGUGAGUUCAGAAUGUCCCCAGAACAGAGCGUGUGUGAAUCAGAAAUGCGUGGACCCCUGCCCAGGAACUUGUGGGCUGAAUGCACGUUGUGAAGUGAUCAACCACAGUCCAAUCUGUAGUUGUCAGGCUGGGUUUACUGGAGAUCCUUUCACAAGAUGUUUCUCCAUUCCACCUGUUGCUCAGACUCCGCCUUCACAGCCUGUAAACCCAUGUGUGCCAUCUCCAUGUGGACCAAACUCUCAAUGUAGAGACAUAGGAGGUGCUCCUUCUUGCUCUUGCUUGGCCAACUACAUGGGUGUUCCACCAAAUUGCCGGCCUGAAUGCAGUAUUAACCCUGAAUGCCAGAGCAAUAGGGCAUGCAUACGUGAAAGAUGUCAGGAUCCAUGCCCUGGAUCAUGUGGUGCUGGUGCACAAUGUGUUGUAAUAAAUCACACUCCUAUUUGUACUUGCCCUGAGGGCUUCACUGGAGAUCCAUUCAGCAACUGCUUCCCCAGCCCACCUCCACCACAGCCACCUCCUCCAUCAGACCCCUGCAAUCCAUCACCUUGUGGACCCAAUGCUCAGUGCAACAAUGGAACCUGUACUUGCUUGCCAGAAUACCAGGGAGACCCCUAUGCUGGGUGUAGGCCUGAAUGUGUCCUCAGUACCGACUGUCCACGGAACAGAGCUUGUAUCAGAAACAAAUGUGCCGAUCCUUGUCCUGGCACUUGUGGUCAAGGAGCCACAUGUGAUGUAGUGAAUCACAUCCCAAUAUGCAGCUGCCCUCAGGGAAUGUCUGGAAAUCCCUUUGUUGAAUGCAGACCCAUUCCACCACCUGUGGUUACUCAGCCAUGUAAUCCAACGCCUUGUGGACCAAACAGCCAGUGUCGUGAAAUUAAUGGCCAAGCUGUGUGCUCGUGUGUUCCUGGCUUCAUAGGCAGUCCUCCAGCAUGUAGACCAGAGUGUGUAGUGAGCUCUGAAUGUAGUCAGAAUGAGGCCUGUAGCAACCAGAAAUGUAGGAAUCCUUGUCCAGGCACCUGCGGUGUAGGAGCUCGCUGUGAAGUCGUGAACCAUAAUCCAAUCUGCAGCUGUCCACCUAGAUUCACAGGGGAUCCAUUUAUCAGAUGCCAGCCUAUACCGGAACAACCGCCACAGGCAGCACCACAGAAUCCAUGUCAGCCCUCACCAUGUGGACCAAAUGCCGUAUGCCAAGUAUCUGGAGAUAGCCCCUCUUGUUCAUGCCUUCCUGACUUCACUGGUACUCCUCCCAACUGUCGUCCAGAAUGUGUCAGUAAUAGUGAAUGUGCUAGUCACCUGGCAUGCAUCAAUCUCAAAUGUCGUGAUCCAUGCCCCGGAUCAUGUGGAGCCAAUGCACAGUGUCGUGUAGUUAGCCACACUCCAAACUGCAUCUGUCCAAAUGGUUUCACUGGAGACCCCUUCAUACAGUGCGUAGUGCAGCAAACUCCUGUGGUACAAGAAAGACCAACUCCUUGUAUGCCAUCCCCAUGUGGAACGAAUGCAGUCUGUAGAGAACAGAAUGGAGCUGGCUCAUGUACUUGUCUCCCAGAUUAUGUGGGGAAUCCAUAUCAGGGCUGUCGUCCAGAAUGUGUCCUCAACACAGACUGCCCUUCAAACCGUGCCUGUAUAAGAAACAAGUGUCAGGAUCCUUGUCCAGGAACUUGUGGCCAGAAUGCAGACUGCCAAGUUGUGAAUCACGUACCAUCUUGCACAUGUCGCCCAGGCUUCACUGGAGAUCCAUUCAAAUUCUGCAAUAACUUACCACCUCAACCUGUACAGCAACAACCAGGAGAUCCUUGUGUACCAUCUCCUUGCGGUCCAAACAGUCAGUGUCGAAAUGUGAAUGGACAAGCAGUAUGCUCUUGCCUACCGAAUUACAUAGGCACUCCGCCGGGUUGUCGGCCAGAGUGUGUUGUGAGUUCAGAAUGUCCCCAGAACAGAGCGUGUGUGAAUCAGAAAUGCGUGGACCCCUGCCCAGGAACUUGUGGGCUGAAUGCACGUUGUGAAGUGAUCAACCACAGUCCAAUCUGUAGUUGUCAGGCUGGGUUUACUGGAGAUCCUUUCACAAGAUGUUUCUCCAUUCCACCUUCACCUACACCAUUGCCAGCUGCACCUAUUAACCCUUGUGUGCCAUCUCCAUGUGGGACUAAUUCUCUUUGUCAAGCUAUUGGUGAAACUCCUUCAUGUUCUUGUCUGGUGGGUUACAUUGGUAGUCCACCAAACUGUAGGCCAGAAUGUGUCAUUAGUUCAGAAUGUGCGAGUAACAGGGCAUGUCUGAGAGAGAAAUGUCGUGACCCAUGUCCAGGAUCUUGUGGUGCAGGAGCACAAUGUAAUGUCAUCAAUCAUAUACCAACAUGCACUUGUCCAACUGGAUUCACUGGGGAUCCCUUUACAAACUGUGUCCCAAUACCUCAACCACCCUCACCUCCACCAGCAAGAGACCCAUGCAAUCCAUCACCUUGUGGAUACAAUGCACAAUGUGAUAAUGGUGUGUGCACCUGUCUGCCUGAAUUCCAAGGCAAUCCAUUUGCUGGUUGUCGACCAGAAUGUGUCCUGAAUCAAGAAUGCCCUAAAGACAGGGCCUGCAUUAGGAGCAAGUGUGCAGAUCCCUGCCCUGGCACAUGUGGUGCUCAAGCAACCUGUGUUGUUGUGAACCAUAUACCUACAUGUUCCUGCCCAGAAGGAUAUUCUGGGAAUCCAUUUAUCAGUUGUAACCCAGUACCACCUCCCGAGGUGAAACAACCAUGUAGUCCGUCCCCCUGUGGCCCCAAUAGUCAGUGCCGAAUCAUCAAUGAACAGGCUGUAUGCUCAUGUGUACAGGGUUUCAUAGGCAGCCCUCCAUCUUGCAGACCAGAAUGCAUUGUUAGCUCUGACUGCAACCUUAAUGAGGCAUGUUCAAAUCAGAAAUGUAUAGAUCCCUGCCCUGGGACAUGUGGUCUGGGAGCUCAGUGCCAAGUCAUCAGUCACAAUCCAAUAUGCAGCUGUCCAUCAGGACUGACAGGCGAUCCUUUCAUCAGAUGCCAGUCUAUAUCUGCACCUCCAUCCACUCCACCUUCAAAUCCAUGUCAGCCUUCUCCAUGUGGACCCAAUUCUGUAUGCCAGGUGGCCACAGAUAGUCCAUCGUGUUCUUGUCUGCCUGACUUCACUGGAUCUCCUCCAAACUGCAGGCCGGAAUGUGUAAGCAAUGGAGAAUGUGCCAAUCAUUUGGCAUGCAUCAAUCUCAAAUGCCAAGAUCCAUGCCCAGGGUCAUGUGGCAUCAACGCAGAAUGUAGAGUUGUCAGCCAUACUCCAAACUGUGUUUGUGCUUCUGGAUUGACAGGCGAUCCGUUUAGACAAUGUGUUUUACCUCAACCUCCACAGGCUCGUCCAAUGGAGAAGCCAACACCUUGCAUUCCAUCCCCAUGUGGAUCAAAUGCAGUCUGCAGGGAAUUGAAUGGAGCUGGCUCAUGUACUUGUCUCCCAGAUUACAUAGGGAAUCCAUAUGAGGGCUGUCGUCCAGAGUGCGUCCUCAACACAGACUGCCCUUCAAACCGUGCCUGUAUAAGAAACAAGUGUCAGGAUCCUUGUCCAGGAACUUGUGGCCAGAAUGCAGACUGCCAAGUUGUGAAUCAUGUACCAUCUUGCACUUGUCGCCCAGGCUACACCGGAGAUCCAUUCAGAUUCUGCAAUAACUUACCACCUAAACCUGUAGAACAAGAACCAGGAGAUCCUUGUGUACCAUCUCCAUGUGGUCCAAACAGUCAGUGUCGAAAUGUGAACGGACAAGCAGUAUGCUCUUGCCUACCCAAUUAUGUUGGCACCCCUCCAGGUUGUCGACCAGAGUGUGUUGUGAGCUCGGAAUGUCCGCAGAACAGAGCAUGUGUGAAUCAGAAAUGUGUGGACCCAUGCCCAGGAACAUGUGGACUGAAUGCACGUUGUGAAGUUAUCAACCACAGUCCAAUCUGUAGCUGUCAAGCUGGUUUUACAGGGGAUCCUUUCAUAAGAUGUAGUUCAAUUCCUCCACCUGUUCCAGCUCCAGUGCCUCCAGUUAAUGUAAACCCAUGUGUCCCAUCUCCAUGUGGGCCAUACUCUCAUUGUCGAGAUAUUGGAGGCUCUCCGUCAUGCUCCUGCCUUCUUAAUUACAUUGGCAGUCCACCAAACUGUCGGCCAGAGUGUGUUAUCAAUCCAGAAUGUGCCAGCAACAGAGCUUGUAUUCGGGAGAGAUGUAGUGACCCCUGUCCAGGAUCUUGUGGAGCAGGGGCACUAUGCAGUGUUAUCAACCACACACCAAUAUGCUCUUGUCCUCCAGGCUAUACUGGAAAUCCCUUUACAAACUGCUUCCCCAGUCCACCACCACCGCUGCCACAACCUGCUGAUCCAUGCAGUCCAUCACCUUGUGGACCCAAUGCUCAGUGCAGCAAUGGAAUCUGUAUUUGCUUGCCAGAAUACCAGGGAGACCCCUAUGCUGGGUGUCGACCUGAAUGUGUCCUCAGUACCGACUGUCCACGGAACAGAGCUUGUAUCAGAAACAAAUGUGCCGAUCCUUGUCCUGGCACUUGUGGUCAAGGAGCCACAUGUGAUGUAGUGAAUCACAUCCCAAUAUGCAGCUGUCCUGAAGGUUUCACUGGGGACCCAUUUGUUUUGUGCAGAGCUGUACCACUUCCAGCUGUGACACAGCCAUGCAGUCCAUCGCCUUGUGGACCAAACAGUCAGUGCCGUGAAAUUAAUGGCCAAGCUGUUUGCUCAUGCCUGACAGGGUACAUAGGAAGUCCACCAACAUGUAGGCCAGAGUGUGUUGUGAGUUCUGAGUGUCUUCAGAAUCAAGCAUGUAACAAUCAAAAAUGUACAGAUCCUUGUCCUGGCACAUGUGGACUUCAAGCACGUUGUACUGUAAUAAACCACAAUCCAAUCUGUAGCUGUCCACCUGGUUUCACUGGAGACCCAUUCACUAGAUGCUCAUCAAUACCUCCACCUUCAACACCACCACCACCAGCUGAACCAUGCCGCCCAUCACCAUGUGGAUCUAAUGCUCGUUGUCGCGUAGAAAAUUCAUUCGCUUUGUGUGAGUGCAUACCAGAAUAUCAUGGAAACCCAUAUGAAGGUUGUCGGCCAGAAUGUCUUGUAAGUUCAGACUGUUCAAUGAACCGAGCCUGUAUUCGUAACAAAUGUCAAGAUCCAUGUCCUGGUACAUGUGGUGUGUCUGCAAUCUGUGCAGUGUCCAACCACAUACCAAUCUGCACAUGCCCUGAAGGGACUACUGGUGAUGCCUUCCGAAUCUGCACACAAAUACCAAAACAACCCGAAGUUAACCCAUGUAAUCCUUCACCUUGUGGAACCAACACACGUUGUCAAGCUUCAGGUGGAAACGCAUUCUGUGAAUGCUUACCUGGAUUCCAUGGCAGUCCAAGUGGCAGCGGCUGUCGCCCAGAGUGUGUCAUUAGCUCAGACUGCCCCCGAGACAAAGCAUGUGCGAACACAAAAUGCAUUGACCCAUGUCCAGGAGUGUGUGGCUAUGGAGCACGUUGCCAAGUUAUCAACCAUAGUCCCAUUUGUAGUUGUCCACCACCUACAGUAGGAGAUCCAUUUGUAGAAUGCAAAGAUCAACCACCACCUCCUGCUGACCCAUGUAACCCAUCACCAUGUAAUGUAAAUGGUCAAUGCCGUGUUGUCAAUGGAGCUGCUGCCUGCACAUAUCCCGAGUGUGUCAUCAACCAGGAUUGUCCUCGAAACAAGGCAUGCUUUGCUCAAAAGUGUCGUGAUCCUUGUGUAGAUGCCUGUGGUAUUAAUGCCCUGUGUCAAGUUGUAAAUCACAAUCCAGUAUGUUCAUGUCCAGAGGGAUAUGUUGGAUCACCUCGCAUUUCAUGCCAACUACAACCUGCACAGCCAGUUCCUAAACCUGAAUGCAGAGACAACUCAGAAUGUACAAAUGACAAGGCAUGCAUUAAUGAGGCAUGUCGAAAUCCAUGUGUUGAGUUUCCAAACACCUGUGGCAUAAAUGCCUUGUGCCAUGUCCAGCUUCACCAUCCUCUGUGUGUCUGUAAAGAUGGUUUUACAGGCAGUGCCCAAGGCCAGUGCUAUGAGAUUGGAUGUCGGUCUGAUUCAGAGUGCCCACCAACUCAAGCCUGUGUGAAUCGCCAGUGUGAAGAUCCAUGCUCUUAUACACAAUGUGGAGUUAAUGCAAUAUGUAGAGCUGACAGUAACCAUCGUGCUCGCUGCUAUUGUCCAGACAGUUAUCGUGGAGAUCCUCUUAUACUCUGUAGCAGACCUGAAUGUACCAGUGAUGAUGAAUGUCCAUACAGCUUAGCUUGUCGUAGUGAUCGUUGUGAGAAUCCCUGCAGUUGCGGAGGAGGUGCAUUAUGUACGGUGACUAACCAUCAGGCAACAUGUCAGUGUCCACCUGGAUAUGUUGGCAAUCCUCAUGUCAGUUGUACCAUAGAACCUCCUGUGGAACCUCAGUGUGUAGUGGAUGCUGACUGCGCCAGUAAGCUGGCUUGCUUCAGUGGAACAUGUCGCAACCCAUGCGUAGAGACAAAACCAUGUGCUGCAAAUGCUGCUUGUACUGUGGUUGAUACAUUGCCACUUAGAACAAUGUCAUGUAGUUGUUUGCCAGGCUUUGUUGGAGAUGCAGAUGUUGAAUGCAAACCAGCUGAGGAACCAGGUUGCAAGAUCAAUGAUGACUGCCCUCAGAGUGAUACGUGCCUCAACCACCAAUGUAUCAAUCCAUGCACUGUGUCUAACCCAUGUGCACCCAAUGCAGAAUGCCAGGCCAAGAACCACAGAGCUGUAUGUCAGUGUCCAAGUGGUCUCACUGGAAACCCAUUUAUCAAUUGCUAUGAAGUUCCACCUCAGCCUGAGUGCACAUCAGAUCUUGAAUGUCCUGGAGACAAGUCAUGCAUCAAUGAACGCUGUCAGGAUCCAUGCUUGGUAGCUAACCCAUGCGGUUCUGGAGCGGAAUGUAACACUAUCCAGCACCGACCGGUGUGCAACUGCCCAGAUGGUUGGGGUGGUAAUCCACAAGUCCAGUGUUACAGACCGGAGUGUAAGGUAGAUGCAGACUGUGUCUAUGACAAGGCCUGUAUCAAUGGUAACUGCUUGAAUCCUUGUACAUAUGGAUCAGGAAGCCAGUGUGGGAAAGGGGCAGACUGUCAUGUUCAGGCCCACCGAGCACAAUGUGUGUGUCCUGCUGGCACACAAGGAAACCCUCUGCUUUCAUGUAUCUCUGUGGUGUGUCAGUAUAAUGAGGAUUGCGCAGAUGAUGAAGCCUGUGACCGGCUCAAUAGAGUAUGUCGACUUGUCUGCGAAAGUGACACAUGUGCCGAUACAGCUGUUUGCAUUGGCCGAGACCAUCAACCAAAGUGCAUUUGUCCACCUGGAACUACAGGCAAUGCAUACAUCGAGUGCUCUGGUCCAAGAAUUCCAGAACCACAACCAGAAUGUACACAGGAUGCUGAAUGCCCAUCACAGCUGGCUUGUAUCAGCUCUCAUUGCCAGAAUCCUUGCACAGUGGCAAAUGUGUGCUCACCAGAUCAAGAGUGUCGUGUUCUUGACACCCUCCCCCUCCGUACUGUCAUGUGUCAGUGUCCUCCAGACACCAUUGCUGACAGCAGUGGACGUUGCAAGCCAAUUGUGCAAAAACAGCCACAGUGCACAUUGGAUUCGGACUGCAAUGACUCUGAUAAAUGCAUACAUAGCCACUGUGUGGAAGCAUGUCAGGUGGAUUUAUGUGGAGUAAAUGCCCUCUGCAACUCUCAUGGUCAUCGUGCAGUAUGCUCAUGUCCACCAGGAUAUGAAGGCAACCCACACAUUGAAUGCAAUAAAGUGCAUAUACCACCUUUCACACCACCCGAAUGUUAUUUUGACACUGAUUGUGCAAAGGAUCGGAGCUGUGUGAAUCAAAUAUGCUUGAACCCAUGUAUUGUGGGUAACCCUUGUGCUAGUGGAGCAUUCUGUCAUGUCCAGGAUCAUACUCCAAAAUGCAGAUGCCCUGCUGGUUAUGAAGGCAAUCCAAGGAUUGAAUGCAGGCCACCUUCUGCACCAAAUGUUGGUUGCACAUCGAACUCUGAAUGUUUCCUACAAGAGUCUUGUGUCAAUGGAUUGUGUGUGAAUCCCUGCAACUGUGGACCAAAUGCUGAGUGUAGGGUUUCAAACCACUACCCAGUUUGUUACUGUCAGCAAGGUUAUUCUGGCAAUCCACAAACUGGAUGCUUCAAAGUUGGAUGUCAGUUAGACAGUGACUGCAGCAAUGACAAAAUGUGCUAUAAUGGCGAAUGCCUUAAUCCGUGUAUCUUGGGAGUGCCUUGUGCUGCCAAUGCAGAAUGUUAUGGUGAUGCUCAUCGUGCAGCAUGUAAAUGUCCUUCUGGCUAUGCUGGAAAUCCCUUUGAUCACUGUGAGAGGGUUGAAUGCCGAGCGAACACAGACUGUCCUGCAGAUCGGGCUUGUUUGGAACAUCGUUGUAUAAAUCCAUGUGCCAGUAUUGCAAAUCCACCAUGUGCCUCAAAUGCUAUCUGCUAUGCCCAGAACCAUGCAGCAGGAUGCAGAUGUCCUGAACAUUUGCCUAUUGGAAACCCACUGGCAUACUGUGAACGUGUGGCUCCACCACCUGAAGAGCCAGAAUGCCGAACUGAUGUGGAUUGUCCAAGCCGCUUGGCUUGUAUUAAGGAUGAAUGUGUGAAUCCCUGUGAAGAACUGUCACCAUGUUCUCCAACAGCACAGUGUAGAGUACUAGACACAGUUCCUGUCCGUACAAUGACAUGUACUUGUCCAGAAGGAUGGGUGCCCAACGUUGAUGGGGAAUGUAGACCUGUGAUAGUGCCAAUGCCUCCAGGCUGUACAAGUGACAAUGACUGUCCCAGCACUGAGGCCUGUAUUAACCGUGUGUGUCGAAAUCCUUGUGACUGUGGUUCAAAUGCCAAUUGCCUUGUCCAGAAUCACCGUCCCAUCUGCUCUUGUGAAGCUGGCUUUGAAGGCAAUCCAAACAUUGCUUGUCACACUGUUGGAUGCCGAAGUGACUCCGAAUGUGAAUCUGGAAAGGCCUGUGUGAAUGCCAACUGUGUGAACCCCUGUCUAGUCAACAAUCCUUGUGGUGCAAAUGCUGAAUGUUAUGCAUAUGGCAACAGAGCUGAGUGCCGUUGUCUGAGUGGUUAUCGAGGAAAUGCAUAUGUACGUUGUUAUAUUGUUGGUUGUCGCAGCAAUAAUGAUUGUCCCAAUGAUCGUUCCUGUAUCAAUGCCCAGUGUAUCAAUCCUUGUGUUUAUGAUAAUGCUUGUGCACCUCGGGCAGAAUGCCGUGUGCAGAAUCACUUUGCUGUUUGCCGAUGCCCACCAGGAUACAUUGGGAACCCAUACGUUGGAUGCCGACCUGAACCUCGACCUGAAUGCAAAGAAGAUCCUGAUUGUCCCACCAGACUUGCUUGCCUUAAUGAAAAAUGUCAGGAUCCAUGCAGUGUUUUAGAGCCAUGCAGACGUCCAUCAGAAUGCUUGGUUGUGGGAUCAGUACCAGUCCGCACCAUGAUUUGUGUGUGCCCCAGUGGUUACGUUAGUAGUGGUAGUGGCACUUGUAAGGCCACGCCUCCCGUCACAAAAGUAGGAGAAUGUGUCAGUGAUAUUGACUGUCCAGAAGAGAAAGCCUGUGUUCGAGGAGUGUGUAUAGCGCCAUGCAAUUGUGCACCCAAUGCAGAUUGCAGGAUCAAAGACCAUAAGCCUGUCUGUACUUGCAGGGAAGGAUACGAAGGAAAUCCAGAGAUAGAAUGUGUACGAGUGGGCUGCCGAAGUGACAGUGACUGCUCAGGUCAGCAUUCAUGUGUGAACCGCAACUGUGUGCCGGUAUGUUCACCAGACGGAAGUUCAUGUGGCCAUGCUGCCAUCUGCUAUGGAGCCAAACACCGUGCUGUUUGUGAAUGUCCACCUGGCUUGUCAGGCAAUCCUAAAGUGGCAUGUGUUUUCCUGGGCUGUCGAUCUGAUUCAGAAUGUCCUACCAAACAAGCUUGCAUCAACAGUCAGUGCAUAAACCCUUGUGAUGAUAGAAAUCCAUGCAUAACACCUGCUGAAUGCCAUGUAUAUAAUCAUCGUCCCACCUGUGCUUGCCCACCAGGAUAUGUUGAGGACACUCCACUAACAUGCAAGACUGAAGAAAAGGGAUGCAGGGAGGACUAUGACUGCCCAUCUCAGACAGCUUGUAUUGGAGGGGAAUGUGUGAAUCCAUGUGAUGCUACUGAACCUUGUGGGACAAAUGCAAACUGCAGGGUUUUGGACACUGUGCCAGUGCGAACCAUGAUCUGUGAAUGCCUGCCAGGUUAUCAUGGAAAUGCUGCAGUUCACUGUGAUAAGAUUUCAACAUGCCGAAUUGAUAAGGGAUUCAUCCGCAAUGAAGCUGGAGAGUGUGUGUGCCCACCAGGGACAGGCCUUAAUGAGAAUGAGGACUGCAUCCGUUGCCCAGAGCAGAAUGGCCUGAAGGUGGAUGAGAGAGGUCACUGUGUGUGUGCUCUGGAUCGAGGCUUAAUUAUUGAUGAGAGAGGCAACUGUAUUUGCCCUGUUGAGUACGGUUACAUGCUGAAUAUCAGUGGCUACUGCAAUAAACGAGAUGAACAUAUAGAAUGUGAAUCUGAUGAUCAAUGCCUGGACAAUCAGUACUGCAACCUUGUGACAAAGACCUGUGAUGACCCUUGUUCCAUUCAAAAAUGUGGAGAGCAUUCUUUCUGCAAUGCUUCAAAUCAUAAAGCAGAGUGUCACUGUGUUGCUGACUACUUUGGAAAUGCAUACAUUGGAUGCAAUCUCAAGUUACGACCCCGUACGGAUUUCCCACAACCAAAAAUGGAAGUGAACUGUCUGUCAGAUGGAGUUCAAGUGGGAAUUAUAUUUAUUAAACAACAAGGCUUCAACGGUGUUCUUUAUGUGAAAGGACACAGCAGAGAUGAACAAUGUCGACGGGUAAUCACCCUGUCUAAAGAUUCCCCAUCUUACACAGAGAUCUUCAAGGUCAACUUUGGCAAAUGUGGACUCAUCCAUGUUAAUGGUCAGGCAAGCUUUGUCCUUGUCAUCCAGAAACAUCCUGAGCUUGUGACAUUCGAAGCCCAGGCCUAUCACAUAAAAUGCGUAUAUCAGACUGGUGAACAGAAUGUAACCUUAGGCUUCAAUGUAUCCAUGUUGACAACAGCAGGAACAAUAGCUAACACUGGUCCACCACCCACAUGCAUCAUGAAAAUUAUAACUCAGACAGGACAGGAGAUAAACCAAGCUGAGAUCGGAGACAAUCUGCAGCUACAAGUUGAAGUUCAGCCAGCAAGUAUUUAUGGUGGAUUUGCACGUAGUUGCAUUGCCAAAACAAUGGAAGACAGUGUAGAAAAUGAAUAUGUUGUAACGGAUGAAAAUGGUUGUGCAACUGAUCCUACAAUAUUUGGUGAAUGGGAUUACAACCCUGACACCCAGUCUUUACUGGCCAGUUUCAAUGCAUUUAAGUUCCCAAGCAGUGAUAACAUCAGAUUCCAAUGUAAUAUCCGAGUUUGCUUUGGAAAAUGCCAACCGGUGAACUGCCGAGGUUACAAUGCAUUUGGACGACGACGACGUGAGAUUGCAGAGCCUCGAAACAGUACAGAUGUUGGUGUAUCAGAGUCUGUUUAUGAAGGUCAACUGAGAGAAGAAAUUACCAUCCAGUCAAAUGCUAUUCUCACAUUUGAAAGGCGUGAGGAGAGAUUUGUUGAUCCAACAGAAGCACCUGAUCUGCAGCAGAUGGAGGACAUAUGUGUGUCAAUGAUAGGCUUCAUCAUUGCUUUGGUGAUCACAGCACUGUUAGCGCUUGUAGCAGUAGCUGUAGCAGUGUCAUGCUGGCUGAUGGCCUACAGGAGGAAACCCAAGACAACAGGACCUCUUCCCCAUCCACCUGAAUUCCCCAACCCACUUUUCACAACACCAGAACCUGUAGCAGAGCCAUCACCAGACUACCUCUCUUAAUGUGACUGUAUAAACAAGUGAAACCAAAAACAUAGGACAUGAUGUGCAAAAUCAUGAAACUAUAUUUAAUUUUAGCAGGAGAUUCACUGGUUAGCGAUGUAUCACUGAAUUCAAGAAGUUAACCAAUCCACCGAUAGUGACUUAUGCCAUUUAUGAAAUGGAUGAUGAGUUUUUUAUGAUUGAUUUUUAUACCCUGACACCGAACUUUAGCCGAUUUCUGUAGUGUACAAUGUCAGUGAGAUAGAGGGAUGAAGUUUCACAAUUUCAUUGUCAACCAGAAAUAUUAACUUCUUCCCAGUACAAUGAAUCAUCUUCCUCUUAGUUGUGCACUAUGUUUUGUUAUGUGAAUGUUUGUUUUAAUUGUGCUGUGUUAAUGAGAAAUAUUGAAAAUGCAUUGUUGAUUGUAGAUGUUGGUGUCAGAAACCCGGUGAGUAAUAUAACGAUCUUGAAUGUAUUUUCGUAGUAGUCAUCUCCUCCGAUGGCUGUAUGAGAAACUUACAAUGAUAAUGUAGUAUUGCAGGCAGGGGAUUUUUUUCUUUGGUGGUGGUAGCUAAUUUGUAUAUAAUUAUUUAACACUGUAAUUACUUUUCUAUAUCAAAUUUAGAACAUUCUUUUCUUCUUUAGAAUUUCUUCAGUUGAACUCCUUUCAGAUUUGGUGCUAAUUCCACAAAAUAUUUCCAUUCUGCACCCCUUAAUACUUACAUUUAUGUCUAGAGGUCAUUCCAUCUCCAUUAAACUGCAAAGGUAAAAGUGUUAAGCCAUUGGAGGAUUUGUGAGUUUUAUAUAUGACUAUAAAUAUAAUAUAUAUUAUAAAUAUUAAGUGUAUAGAGUGCAAGAAUAUGUGUAAUGUAUGUUCUAGAGUAGAGUGUCCACUCUGCUCUUGUGUGAAAAGACUGGGAGCAAUGUGCUUAUCAUUUGUUUUCCUCCACUUCUACUAAAGAAAAAUUGAUUCAUUAACAUUCCGUAUACAUAUGCUUCAUGUAAUUCUCCCAGUCCUUUCCACAUCAUGUUGUAUAUUUAAUUUGACUGCUUGGAAGAAUUUAAAAUCUUCAAGUUAGUGAAGGAAUUCAGGAUCCAGUACUCUUCAACAAAAUCAUCAUCUCAAUUUGCCAAAUACUGUGAUCCUAAAAGGAAUCAAUGUUGUGGUGAACUGAGAUAAAAUUAUUAUUAUUAUUAUUAUGUGCUUAACCAUAUUAAUUUCCAUAUAUGGUUGUUACAGAGACUGCCAGUUUGAUAUUUCAUUUUUGUACUUUCAUAAGCUUUGAGCUUGGAGGUUAAUAACUUCCCUGAAUACAACUGUGAACCAUUCUGAAAGUGGGCAUGCAUAUCACCUCAUAAGUAGGGAGUUUUCCAUUAAUAGUUACCAAAUAUCUAAUCAGAGUUUCUAACAUAAGCACAUUUCACAUUUAUCUCUGGAUGUGAAAUUUUGAAAUGUUCAAAUGCUAAUUGUAAAAUAUGAAAACAGCUAACAAUGAGUAACAUUUGUUCUGCAAUUUAAAAAGUGAUUACCCUUUAAAUUACUAUGGUCAGCUUUUCUCCUGCUCUGAAGUUAUGAAUGUAGAAGUACUUCAGUAGAACAAGAAUUGUGUCCUUUCCAUUUUUAAAUUUGACAUUUUAUAAAUAUUUUUAUAUUUUUAUUGGAUCACUUAAAAUGAAAGUCAAGCAUCUGAAUAACACAACCUUUUCCUAAAUAAAGCAUUAAAUAUACGUGUAUAUUUCUACACAUUCACAUUUAAUUUGAUUCUAACAAAUAAUAAAAGAAAUUGAAAUCUACCACAAUCACUUUAUAUCUACAGCAUUUGUUAUACAGAGUGUAGUAUAUUUUAAUUUUUCUGUUAGAAUCAAGUUAAGUGUUUAUUUCAGUUUAACAGUAUAUUUGAAACAUCAUAUUUGCCAACAAAUUGUAAACAGUGUAAGAUCUAAAAGUUGGUACAUUCCUACAAGUAUUAUGUUUUUGGACAUUAUCCAUCAUCCUGUCUAUUUUCU